CAAAAGGUCUUUCGAUGGAAUUUCGGACCAUAAGAUGAUUUUAGUGUAGAGCACGGCUUCUGAGUUCAUUUGGUGGGACUGAUUAGAUCAUUUAUCGCUUGACACCUUUGCGGUAGAUGGUUUAGUUUCGGGUUAUGUGUCAGAGAGGUUUAUCACACCGAAUAGAGACAUCAUGGAAUGAAAUGAAAUGAAAUGAAAUUACAGUGCUAGUGGAGCUCAGCUCUGUUUGCUGUUCACACAGACCAGAAGGUGCACUGCUGCAGGAGUUAGUCCCUGGAUGGCGAGGAGUUUUUUUUUUUAAUAAAACAUUAAUUAACAUUUUUAAUCUAGCACACAGGACUGGGGAAGUGUGUGUAGGCGGCGCUGUAGUGUAUGUAGUAUUGACCCAGCAAGCACCGAAGAAGGACCGAGCAGGAAGUCGGAAGUAUCUGCUAAACACCUGUUUUAAGCAGCAGACGGUGAAGUUGUGGUGUAAUUAGUAGGUCAGUGAACCCGUGUGCAGUGUUUGUUUGAACCCGUAAGCUCCGUGUGUUAGCGCAGUGAGCAGAUGAAGGACACGCUGCAGCUGGUGCACAGACUGAGCGCUCACCCGGACUCGCGGUGCUGGUAUGUGGCCUGGAGCCCCACAGGCGCGCUGCUGGCUUCCUGCGGAGGAGACCGAGCUAUCCGGAUAUGGGCCAAAGAAGGAGACACUUGGCAGUGUAAGUGUGUGCUGUCAGAUGGACACCAGCGAACUGUCAGGAAGAUCUCCUGGUCGCCCUGUGGGAAUUAUCUCGCAUCCGCCAGCUUUGAUGCCACCACGUGCAUCUGGAAAAAAAACGAGGACGAUUUUCAGUGCCUUACUGUGUUAGAGGGACACGAAAAUGAGGUGAAGUGUGUCGCAUGGGCCCCAUCUGGUAACUUACUAGCCACCUGCAGCAGAGACAAGAGUGUUUGGAUAUGGGAAGUGGAUGAGGAGGAUGAGUAUGAGUGCGUGAGUGUCGUAAAUUCUCACACACAGGAUGUGAAACAUGUAGUUUGGCAUCCCACACAAGAGCUACUAGCUUCAGCCAGUUAUGACAACAAAGUAUGUAUUUAUAAAGAAGAGGAUGAUGACUGGGAAUGUCGGGCAACCUUAGAGGGACACACAUCAACAGUGUGGAGUCUUUCCUUUGACCCUGAGGGACAGCGACUGGCCUCCUGUAGUGAUGACCGCACUGUUAAAAUAUGGAAGGAGUGUGGGACAGGUGAUGAAUCUGUCGAUGGUUCAUGGAAGUGUGUUUGCACCUUGUCUGGCUUUCACAGCCGUACAGUAUAUGAUGUCGCAUGGUGUCGUCUGACUGGUGCACUGGCUACAGCUUGUGGAGAUGAUGGCAUUCGUGUUUUUAAGGAGGAAGCAGCCUCUGAUCCUGAGCAGCCUGUGUUUUAUGUAUCUGCUCAUGUGCCCAAAGCGCAUAGCCAAGAUGUUAACUGUGUAGCCUGGAAUCCGAAGGAAGCAGGUGUGCUGGCCACAUGCAGUGACAAUGGAGAAAUUGCUAUCUGGAACUACCAAUCAGAUGCUUAAAAUGGGGAGGGAAUGUUCUCUGUGAGCUCUGCAUUGGUUUCACAAAGCACUCACAUUAACAGUAGUAUGUAGCAACAGAGCUCAUUGUUGCUUGUUGUGUAUUUGCUGUGUUUUAGUGUCUGCUUUUUGGGCUUAUUUUACAGUGAUGCAGACACAGCAACAGCGCUGUCACAUGUUUCUUCCCAGAUCAUUUCUUGUGUAAUGCUUUUACAAAAAUGUGUGUCUGACAAAAUGUGUGUAUAGCAAAGAUUACCCCCAAAUUCUGGGUUCCUCAAAUACCCAGCUUUUGCAUAAAGAAUUUCAAGGAAGGAACCCCUUUGUAAAAUCUCAAUAUAUUUCCUUUGAAAUGAUCCAGUUGUAUUAAAAUAUAUACAAAUAUUAAGUAAUUAUACUUGUUUGUUCUUAUAUAUCAUUAUAAAAAGCCUCAGGCAUUUAUAUGCAAACCUUUGACCAAUAAUGUAGCAGGUACAUAUGUUUUAUUCAGAGUUCUGUCCAAAAUUGGUACUUAUAUUAUGUAUGAUUAUCAGCAGAAAUGUUACCCUCUAAACAGUCAAAACUGUUGUUCAAAGGGGCAUAAUUUCAGCUUUACUUUCUGAAUCAAUAAAUGGCUGUAUAAAUGCAUUAACAUUUCUGUAGGCAAAAUAAAUGAAAUGAUGCA